GCGAGAGCAAUAAACCCAGGAACCCUUGGCAUACUCUGCGAGACAGCGAGAGAACUCUAUCAACCUUCUACACUCUUCCAAAAUCGCCAUCUUCAUCUAGAGCUCUCCGAAAUGUCAGAACAGUAUUCAGAAGAUGCUAAACAUAUCGAGAAGCUUUAUGAGUUCGACGAGCGUUUGAGCGAGUCUACGGACAAGUCUCAGAAUUUUCAAGACUAUGAAGGGAUUAUCGAGUUGUCUAAGACAAACAUCAAGACCAAGCAGCUUGGAGCACAGCUGAUUCCACGCUACUUCAAGUUCUUCACCAGUCUCGCAACAGAAGCUUUUGAUGCGUACAUGGAUAUAAUCGACGAAGUGGAAGUCGGGGUACGAGUUCAAGCCAUCCGCGGGCUUCCACUGUUCUGCAAGGAUACACCUGAGUUUAUAUCGAAGAUAAUUGAUGUUCUUGUACAAUGUCUAAAUACUGAGGAAUUGGUGGAGCGUGAUGCUGUGCACAAGGCAUUUAUGUCAUUAUUUCGGCAGGAUACAAAGGCAUCUUUGACUGCACUGUUUAAGCAUACUGAAGCCACUCUUAGUACUGAUGAGCAAAUCCGUGAAAAGGUGUUCCCUCUGAAAGGGGAACUGUUAAAGCCUCAAGAGGAAAUGGAAAGACAUAUAACUGAUUUGAUCAAAAAGAGCCUAGGUGAUGUAACUGGAGAAGAAUUCAAUAUGUUUAUGGGUUUCUUGACAAGUUUGAGUAUAUUUGGAGGAAAAGCUCCUCAAGAAAGAAUGCAAGAACUUGUAGAAAUUGUUGAAGGACAGGCCGAUUUGGAUUCACAGUUUAAUGUUUCAGAUACAGAUCAUAUUGACAGGUUUAUAUCAUGCCUGCAAACAGCUCUUCCAUUCUUUGCGAGAGGUGCUCCAGGUAGCAAGUUUCUUAGCUACUUGAACAAGAAUAUCAUGCCUGAUUUUGACAAGCUGCCAGAGGAGAGGAAGCUUAAUUUGCUCAGAGCUCUUGCUGAGAUGUCACCAUACACAACCGCUCAGGUAGCACGUCAGAUGCUUCCCUCAAUAGUUCAGCUCUUAAAGAAGUACAUGCCUGCUAGGAAGACUGGGGAAGAAAUGAACUUCACAUAUGUCGAGUGCCUAUUAUAUGUGCUUCAUCAUUUGGCGCACAAGGCUCCAAAUGCAACAAACAGCUUGUGCGGCUACAAGAUAGUGACCGGGCAGCCAUCAGAUAGACUCGGGGAGGACUUCUCAGAGUUUUACAAGGAAUUCACUGAGAGAUUGACCAGUGUUGAGGAUCUAACCAAGGCAACAAUGAAAAAACUAACUCAAGGGAUGUCUGAGCACAGCAAAGCCAUGUCGGCUGCUAAGACAGAUGAAGAGAAGUCAAGCGUGAAAAUGAAGAAGCAGAGUGCAACAACUGGACUCAGGACCUGCAAUAACAUAUUGGCAAUGACAAAGGGAUUGCAUGCAAAAGCGCCUUCAUUUAUCGGAGACAACAGUGUUACUCUUUCUUGGAAAGAAGUCACGAAACCGUUAGCCUCUACAACGACUGGAGGAAAACGGCCUGCAAAUGGAGCCGGUAAUAAUGUGGGUGCAAAGAAGGCUCGUGUGCAGAAUCAUCAGGUUGUGAACAAAACAUCUGAGGGAAUCUCAUACGGUGGUGGUAGAGGCAGUCACAGAGGCCGAGGCCGAGGUCAUGGAAGACACGGUGGUGGUGGCCGUGGCCGUGGCCGUGGAAGAAGAGGCCACUGUCUGAACUGUCGUGUUCUCGACCCCAAACUGUCAGAGAACAACCCGAUAUUGAUGAUCACUGAUGGUUUCGACAAUCAACUACAGUUUCUCAGUCCUGAACCUCCCAAGAUUAACGUCACUCUAACCAGAGAAGCUUGUGUACACCUAUACGGAUUCCUUCCCUGUGCAGAAAAUGUCAUCGGCUAUGCAUUCCAAGUCUUCUCCUUCGGGUCUUUGUUGAUUGUCGGCGAUUAUUUCUUGUCCAAAGGAAGAGCAGAACUCUUAGAUAUCUUUGAGGUUGGUUUAUAUGGCGGUAUCAUCUUCCCUCUUCUUAAAAUCUUCCCUAUAAUUGCCCUUAUGCUUGUAACUGGACUAUCUACAAGCCCGGAAGUUGCUCAGUCAAUGAUUGUUGAUUUCGUUGGAGCAACGGUUGGAUCAUCGGUCUUUGCUCUAACUAUUCAAUGGGGUGCUUGUAUCAUUUUCGGUACCACCGGAGUUUUUGAUACUGGUUGUGAUCAACUGGUUCAAAAAGAAGAGAAUCCAACGAAGCCAAGGCCAGGGCUAUUUAAGAGACUUCUUGAAGCAAGUGUGGAAACAGAUUCAAGAACCAAGAAAGGCGCGCGGAUCAUGCUUCUCACAUUAAUUCCUUUCCUCAUUGUGCAACUUUCAGAGCUAUUUGAUUCGCGAUCUUGGAGACACAUUAUUGUUUUAAUGACGCUGAUAGUUUCCACUUCCGCAACUCUUUUGCUCUUGGCUCUUUCGCUUUUGGAUACGAGUGGACAAAAGAAUAGCUUGGAUAAAGCGAGGUUUGAGCUCAUGUCCGAAGUUAAAAAGAAGUUGCAGAAAUAUUCGCUUGAACGCAUUCUGCAAGAUGGACAACUCACUAGGGAAAGCUUGAAAAAUUUGUUCGAUAAAUUCGAUAAUGAUAAUGAUGGGAAGAUGGAAAUCUCUGAACUAAAUGAAUUUACUUUAGAGUUUGGAAAACUUGGGAAACUAAAGUGUGACAUGAAUGCUCUUGCGAAAACCGUGCUAAAAGAGUUUGACAAAGAUGACGAUGGUAUGGUAAACGAGGAUGAAAGAACGAAAGGCCGGUUUGGUAACUUGCGCUCAGCUGUUGCUCCGAGUCUGAAGGUGGAAGAGCAGAAGAAAAGUGUUGGUUAUACGUUAAUAGCUUCAAUUAAAGUCAUUGCAGGAAUCUUGAUUGUUGUGUUUCUUGCAAAGCCUUUCAUGAUGAACAUCUCGCUCUUGUCUGCCUCAGCUGGAAUCCCUUCUUUCUAUGUCGCUUUCGCGGUGAUUCCAUUGGCUAGAAACCUGAAGAACGCUUUGUCUCUUCACUUCUGUGCCAAAAGAGAAAAGCAAGAAGCAGCAUCUCUCACAUUUUCACAGAUCUAUAGGGAUGUUACAAUGAACAAUUUGAUGGGGAUGUCGAUAAUCUUAGCGAUUGUGUACGCGAAAGGAUUGACAUGGAAUUGCUCAACAGAAGUUCUCAUAGUUGUGUUCUUCGGUCUUAUAGUCGCUUUAGUCUCUGCUGUUAAUUGUCGUGUUUUAAGUUCUGUGUCUGAGGAUAACAACUCAAUCUUGAUUUCCGAUGGAGUCCAAGACAGAUCCAGCAACGAGUUUCUCAGUCUUGAUCCGCCAAAUCGCAUCUCCAAGAGUGCUUGUGUUCAUGUCUACGGGUUUCUUCCAUGUGCAGAUAAUAUUGGAGGAUAUGUCUUCCAAGUUUUCUCCUUUGGUUGUCUAUUGAUAAUUGGUGAAUACUUUUUGUCUAAAGGAAGGUCUAAGCUCUUUGUCAUCUUCGAGGUCGGUUUCUUUGGUGGAAUCAUCUUCCCUCUUCUUACAAUGUUCCCAAGAAUCGCCCUUAUUUUAUCGACUGGACUGAUAGGAAGCCGUGAAAUCGCAAACUCGAUGACGGGUAAUAACGUUGCAGUUACUGUGGGAUACUCUGUCUUUGCUUUGACAAUGCAAUGGGGAGCUUGUGUUGUCUUUGGCUUGUCUGGUUUGAGAUCAGAUCAGUCCGUAACUUCUGACAUAACGAGUCCAAGACGACAAGUUAAGAUGAGCAAUCUACUGAAGAACCUUGCUGGAGCUAGCGUUAGAGCAGAUCCUAAGAACAAGAAAGCGGCAGGGAUUAUGCUCCUGACUUUAUUGCCUUUCGUCUUGGUCACAUUUUCAGAGACAUUUCACUCAAAAUCUUGGGAUGACAAUAUGGUUUUGAUCACACUCAUAUUCUCUGGUUCUGCAACUGUUCUCUACUUUGUUUAUUUGUUUGUUCAAAAAUUCGAUGUCAACAAAGACGGAAAGAUCCAAGUUUCUGAGUUAAAAGAUCUGACGGUGGACUUUGGGGUGUUAGGGAGAGUGAAGUGUGAUAUAAAUGAGCUUACAACUACAUUGCUUGCAGAUUUUGACAUUAAUAGAGAUGGUGAGAUAGAUGAGACUGAAUUCACGAUUGGUAUCGAAAAAUGGUUGAAACAGUACAAAUUCGGAUUCGAUAGCACCGAGUCACCGAGAGAGGACAGAGCUGAAGAUGAUGGAGUUUUGAAGGUGGAACAACUACAGGGAUGUCUUUUUACUAAGUUGCUUACAAAGAGAACCUUGAAAGCUGUCAUUGAAGUCACUAUAGGGAUUACAAUUGUCAGCUUUCUUGCAAUGCCUUUCAUGAUGAAUAUCGAACUUUUGUCGGUAUCAGCUGGAAUUCCUUCCUUCUAUGUUGUCUUUGCAGUGAUCCCUUUGGCAAGAAACCUAAAGAACGCUUUGUCUGCUCACUUCUGUCGCAAGAAAGACAAAGCGAAAAUCACAUCUGACACUUUUUCUGAGAUAUACAGAGAUGUUACAUUGAAUAAUCUGUUGGGGACAACAAUUAUAUUGGCGAUUGUGUACAUUAGAGGAUUGACUUGGGAUUACUCAACAGAAGUUCUCAUUAUUGUGGUCGUUGGUCUCAUAAUAGCUUUGAUCUCUCGUGUGAACUGUCGUGUUUUAAGUUCUUUAUCUGAGAAAAACUCGAUCUUGAUCUCCGAUGGAGUUCAAGACGGGUCCAGCUACGAGUUUCUGAGUCUUGAUCCGCGAAAUGGCAGCAUUACCAAGAAUCAAUGCAUACAUGUCUACGGGUUUCUUCCAUGUGCAGACAAUGUUGGAGGAUAUGUCUUCCAAGUUUUCUCCUUUGGUUGCCUCUUGAUAAUCGGUGAAUACUUCUUGACUAAAGGAAGGUCUAAGCUCUUUCUCAUCUUCGAGGUAGGUUUUUAUGGCGGAAUCGUCUUCCCUCUCCUUACGAUGUUUCCAAGAAUCGCGCUUAUUCUCUCAACUGGACUGGUAGGAAGCCGCGAAAUGGCAAGCUCGAGGGUGGGUAAUAUCAUUGGAGUUACUGUGGGAUACUCUGUCUUUGCUUUGACAAUGCAAUGGGGAGCUUGUAUUCUCUUUGGCUUGUCUGGUUCUAAACCAGAACAGCCCAUAGAAUCUGGAGAAAAUUCAGACGUAAAGUGCCCAAGAACACAAGUUUACUGGAAAAAGCUAUUAAAUUACGUUUUCGCUAGCGUAGAAGCAGAUCCUAAGAACAAAAGAGCGGCAGGGAUUAUGCUCUUGACUAUACUACCCUUCAUAUUGGUCUCAUUUUCAGAGAUAUCUAAUUCACAAUCUUGGAAUGACAUAAUCGUUUUGAUCACACUCAUAAUCUCUGCUUCUGCAACUUUUGUCUACUUUUUUUAUUCGUAUUUUGAUAGAGAUGAUCAAGAGAAGAGCUUAGAUCACGCGAGAUUUGAGCUCAUGUCAGAAGUUCAUAAGCAUUUACAGAUUUUUUCGCCCAAAAGCCUUAUAAGAGAUGGACAACUAAAUCAAGAGAGCUUGAAAAGAUUGUUUGAAAGAAUCGAUGUAAACGGAGAUGGAAAGAUCCAAGUUUCAGAGUUGAAAGAUCUUACGGUGGAGUUUGGGAUGAUAGGGAAAGUCAAAUGUCACAUAGAUAAGCUUGUCACUACAUUGGUUGCCGAUUUCGACAGGGAUGGAGAUGGUGAGAUAAAUGAGGCUGAAUUCGAAAUUGGGAUUAAAAAAUGGCUGAAUCAGUACAAAUUUAGCUUCGAUAGCACCGUGCCACCAAGAGAGGACCAAGCUGAGGAGAAUCCAAUAUUGAAGGUAGAAAAGCCAAAGGAAAGUCUUUUUACUAAGCUGGUCUCAUGGAAAACCUUGAGAGCUGCCUUGGAAGUCACUUUAGGGAUUCUAAUUGUCAUCUAUCUUGCAAGACCUUUCAUGAUGAACAUUCAGCUUUUGUCGGAAUCAGCUGGAGUUCCUUCCUUCUAUGUUGUCUUUGUAGUCAUUCCUUUGGCAAGAAACCUAAAGAAUACCUUGUCAGCUCACUUCUGUCGCAAGAAAGACAAAGCAAGAAUCACAUCUGACACAUUUUGCGAGAUCUACAAAGAUGUUACAAUGAACAAUCUGAUGGGAAUUUCAAUUAUAUUGGCAAUUGUGUACGCAAGAGAAUUAAUUUGGGAUUACACAACAGAAGUUCUCAUUAUUGUGAUCGUUGGUCUCUUAAUAGGCGUACCGGCUUAUGUGAGAUCGACUUAUCCAUUAUGGAUAUGUGUCUUCGCCUUUGCUCUCUACUUCAUCUCUCUUGUCGUAGUAUAUUUCCAUUUCAUGUCUCUAGACAAGGGCAAAACUUUUACCUUCAACAAAUAAUCAGUGAAACUGUCCCAAGAGUUCUUUUUGCUAAAGAUUUCCUACUUUCUCCCAUAUUGAUCCACUAUGUAUUUUCAUAUAUUUCGUCUGUGGUGUAUGUUUUACAAGCUGUUUGGUGUUGAAUGUCCAUAAAUAUAGAUAUAAAGUCUCAAUAUCUUU